AUGUUUGUAGGUCAAAAUAGCGAAAACUGUGAAUUAGAUAGUAUGGGUGACAGCGAUGAUGAAUACGAUAGGAAGCGAAGGGAUAAAUUUCGAGGCGAACGUACCGAAUCAAUAAGAGGCGGUGAUAACCGUAGAGAUGACCGCCGAAUGCGUGAUGAUUGGAAUGACAGAGAAACAUGGGGUGCACGUAGUCGAGGUCGAGGAGAUUAUAGAGGCCCGAUGCGUGAUCGUUAUAGUCCAGGUGCCCAAAGAGAUCUAUCACCUCCAGUUAAGAGAAUGAGGCCUCCAGAUUGGGAAGACAGACGUAUUGGUUAUGAACCUCCUGGUUAUGGUUAUGGUGCACCUUGGGAACCUCCCGCGCAUCAUAUGCCUCCUGUUUCUAGAAUUAUGACAAUGAGAGACCCUGGGGCACAUACAGUAAAUCACCCGACUCCACCACCAGCAGAACAGUCUUCAGGAGAUACUCAACCACCUAUGAUGUCUUUAAAGUCUUUUUUGAUUACUCAAGAUGAUAACAUAACUGACGAAGAAGCAUUAGCUAAAUAUAAUGAAUACAAAUUGCAGUUUAAAAGAAAUCAACUUAAUGAAUUUUUUGUUGCCCAUAAAGAUGAAGAAUGGUUUAAGAUUAAAUACCAUCCUGAUGAUAGUGUAAAACGAAAGGAAGAGCAAACUAUAGCACUUAAAAAACGGUUAGAAGUUUUUAAAGAAUUUUUAGAAAAUGGCAAAGUUGAAUCAGUUUGUGUGGAUGCUGAUAAUCCAGAGCCUCUAGUCCAUCUUCUUGAUUCAGUAGUGAUAAAACUUGAAGGAGGUACGGAUUUUGAUUUAACAGUGUUGAAUCCUAAAGAGAUAUUAAAAGCCAAACAGGGACCAGAACCUGAAAAGAAAGAAACAGAUAAAAAAAUUAAUGCUGGAGGAAAUUCUGAUGGUGAAGUAGACAGUGAUAAAGAAGAUGGUAAUGAAACAAAUAAAAAAAACGAUUCUGAAGUAAAAAAAAGUGAAGAAGUGAUGGAUGUGGAUGGUCAAAAACCAGAAGUCUUGGAUAUUACAAAUGAUAGUGAUCAAAAUGAUGAUGUUGUGAAACCAAGAGCAUUGCAUCGUACAACUUCUGUAUUUUUACGUAAUUUAGCCCCUGCAAUAACCAAAAGUGAACUUGAAACAAUUUGUAAACGGUUCCCAGGAUUUAUAAGAUUGUCUAUAGCAGAUCCUUUACCAGAGCGCCGUUGGUUUAGACGUGGUUGGGUAACAUUUGAUAGAGAUGUUAACAUAAAAGAAAUUUGUUGGAAUCUUAAUAGUGUUAGAUUGCGUGACAGUGAGCUGGGUGCUAUAGUCAAUAGAGAUUUGAGUAAACGCAUACGGUCUGUGAAUGGAGUAACAAAUCACAGACAAGUUGCUCGCAAUGAUAUGAAACUAUGCGCCAGUAUUAUAAACAACUUUGAUAACCGUUCAGGCUUAUGGCAAUUAACUGAUGGCGAGCAACCAGCCUCAGAAAAAACUUAUGGUGUUGUAUCACGUAAUCCAGUUCUACAUAACAUCACAGAUUUUUUAAUCGAAGAAGCGUCUGCUGAAGAAGAAGAACUUUUAGGUGAAAAUGCUACUUGUGAACCUGAAGAUAAUACUGAAAAAGAUUUGCAGCUGUUUAAGGCUUUAGAUAAGAUGUUACUGUAUUUACGUAUUGUACAUUCAGUUGACUUUUACAACCAUAGUGAGUAUGUAAAUGAAGAUGAGAUGCCAAACAGAUGUGGAAUUAUGCAUGCUCGUUGUGCACUGCCCAGUAACCCGCCUACACAGCAAGAAAUCACUGAUUAUUGUAACAACUUUCAAACCAAAGCUAACUCUUUGACUGUCUCGACUUCUCAUGAAGUAAGUGAAAAAGAAUUAAUGCAGCUUGGAGCAAAACACGAAGAAGAAGAAAUCGAGAAGUUUGUAACUUCUAAUACACAAGAGAUAUCAAAAGACAAGUGGCUAUGCCCCUUAUCAGGCAAAAAAUUUAAAGGUCCUGAAUUUGUGCGCAAACAUAUUUUCAAUAAGCAUAUUGAUAAAUUGGACGAUGUUAAAAAAGAAGUGAAAUAUUUUAAUAAUUAUCUUCGUGAUCUGAAGAGGCCACAGUUGCCUGAACAUCCUGGUAGUAAACAAGGUAGAAAAGAUGUGAAUGAUGCUCCUCAGUCAUAUCCACCAGCUGCAAAUCCAUACCAAAUGCCUGGCUAUCCACCAUAUGGAGGUGCUGGAUUCGGUCGAGGGAUGUAUGGCUAUUCCAGACCACCUGCUCGUGGAGGUUUUAGAGGUGGCGGCAGACCAAUAAUUCAUUACCGUGAUCUAGAUGCCCCUAAAGAACCAGAGGAAAAUUUUAUUUGA